AUGUCAGCUUCACCAAGUACGCUAUUGUUACGAGGUAAGUGUGGCAGUUAUGGCGAUACCCCUGCUGUGUCGGACUACCCUUCUCGUGAGCAGCGGAGACAAUCAUUUAUGCGCCACAAACGUCAAGAUAGCUCUACCGAGGGUAGUACAACCGUGGCCUAUGGCAAGGCCACUCGUCGGGUGAGCUCUUCAGCCAAUUCAGACACCUCUGAGUCACAUCAAGAGGCAUCAAUGACCCCAGCUCAACGUUGCGCUUCAAAAGAGGUUCCUAGGGCCACAAGGAGGCGUUACACUAGAUCUACCAACGACAGUUCGUUAAAUACUGACGUUCCGAGCUCUGGAUCGGCUACGUUGGGUGACUCCGUCACCCGUAGCAAGGUUACCGGUGGUAAUGGUGGUUCUAAGGUACCAGAUCCGGUAACCGCCAAGGAUACAUCCACCUCUGCUAAACGUCCUUUGGAACCAUCUUCGGAAGCAACGCGUGACGUCAAGUAUGGUACCGAAAAUCGCAAAAAUACCUUCAUCGAUUCAACGCUUCUUGACGAGGCAUUGAAUAAUGAGGAUAUCGCAAAGGCACAGUCUGAUCUGCAAGAUAUAGACUCAUUGUCACUAUCACAUUCUCAUAGCCACAGUCAUGUGGGUAGUGUUGAUGAGGAUGAUGAGCGGAAGCGUAAGAGGCGCAAGUGUUCACGUCUCCAGGAGACUAUAUUGCGUGUGCUUUCCAAGGCCAGGUCCGAUGUCCAUCAUUUGGAUGAGAAAAUCGCUUCGCUGGAGUCUCAAUACUUUUCGCAGCCAGACGAUACGACAGGUCUUAUAAAAGGCUGGGAGAGUAACUUGAUUGGUGGUAUACACGCCAAUUCUCACAACAGCAAGGCACGCAAGGGUCUACCCCCUAAGGCGAAACAGUGUCAAGGUAGGGCGCAAACGUUCAUAAAUGAACACAUAUUCUCACUUACAAGCUCAAAUUGCGCUGUUUCAAAGACGUUGCUGGACAAGCAUGAAUAA